AUGGAUAUCGUUGAAGAUAGUAACCAAAGCCACAAUAAACUGAAUGAAUGCCUUCCGUGGCAAUUCGAUUGUCAUUUCGGGAUUCCGCGAUGCAUUUCACAGUUCAAAGUUAAUGAUGGUGCAAUUGAUUGUAUUUCCGGAUUCGAUGAAGGUUGUCCACCGCAUAAUUUCGUUUGUGCUGAUAAGAGUGCAUGCAUCGAUUUUUCCAAAUAUCAAGAUGGUAUACCACAUUGCAAGGAUAAAUCGGAUGAACCAUGUCCAGCAGGUGAUUUUUUGUGCAACGAUCGUUCGCAAUGUAUUGAAGGAAGGCGUUUUCAAGAUGGUAUUGCCGAUUGCAAAGAUGGCUCGGAUGAAGAAUGCACAGUUACACAAUUUGAAUGUAGUUGUGGUAAAAUUCGAUGCGUGGAUAGUGAAAUGCUAAAAGAUGGUAAAAAGGAUUGCGAAGACGGUUCCGAUGAAACCGGUCCAUCUACCGGAAAUCUUUGUCCAAAUGGAAGCCCAGUUCGACAAAGUCGAGCUAAGAAUCGUACCGAACUGUAUCCAACUUAUAGCGCAAUUGCACAAUGCCCAGAUCCAUCAGUUUGUAAUGAUCAGCUGGGAGAAAUGUGCAUUAUGGUUGGUGGAACAACACAUUGUGUUUGUAAGAAGGGAACGAUUCGACCGCAGGGCUCACCACGAUGUGUACUGGAACCUCUGCUUCAACAAUACCUCAAUAAUAUCAUCGGUAAUUGUACGGAGAUUCAGAAAGAUCUAAUCGAAGUUUACGGUAAAAAAGUAAGCUUAUCACAUGAUCCACCACGCUUCACCUAUGCUCGGAGAGAAGCGGAAUGUGAUCCAAAUUUAAAAACUCCUUGCAAAGGUUAUGGUGAGGUAUGCUUGCCAGAUUCAUCUGGUCGUCAUCGUUGCACAUGUGGAAAUAAUGGUACUCGUAUGGAUAGCAUUUGUUUGGUAAAUGAAUGCGAUAAUCCAGAAUUAAAUGAUUGUGAUCCAAAUGCAUCAUGCAUGGAUAGUGUAUUAUCAUAUGAAUGUUUCUGCAAUGAAGGCUUUAUUGAUACUUCAAUUUCACCGAAAACACGACCAGGCAUCAAAUGCGCAAAAUUGGUUGAUGAAUGUGCAUCAGAAACAACGAAUCAGUGUGAUAAAAAUGCGGAAUGUAUUGAUAAGCCAAUCGGUUACACAUGUCGUUGUCUUAGCGGUUAUUUGGACAUUUCGGAGGGUGGCGCAAGAAAUCCAGGGCGAAAAUGUCAUAAAU